UUCAAGGAUGAAAAAUGGUUUUAAUGUUCGGCUGAUAACUAUUUUAGAACGUAUAUAAGUACAGUCUGAACAAAACGAUGAAAGAGAUAACAUAAAUACGUCGUCCAUCUUGAGAAAUCUUGAAUUAUAUAAUUUUUUUAUUUUUUAUAUAAAAAUUAUUCUAUUAAAUAUAGAAAUCAUAAAUCAUAUUAGUUUUUAUUAAUUACGUUAAAUGUUUCGAAAAAUUAAUAUUACGAAAUCGUUUUUCGGUGUUGUGUAUUCAUCUACAGAAUCAUCUGUUGCACCAUAUGUUUCACGUAGAGUACAGCAAUUUAGAGAUCAUUUAAAUAAUACACAUAACAAUGAUAUACUCACAGAUUCAUUUGGAAGACGUCAUACAUAUUUACGUAUUUCGAUUACCGAACGUUGUAAUCUUCGAUGCUUAUAUUGUAUGCCAGCAGAAGGAGUUAAGUUGACAAAGAAUGAUGGUAUUUUAAGAACAGAUGAAAUAAUUAAAAUAGCUGAUUUAUUUGUAAAUGAAGGUAUAAAUAAAAUACGCUUAACUGGUGGUGAACCAACUGUCAGAAAAGAUAUUGUGGAUAUUAUUGCUGGUUUGAAACAAUUAUCUAAUUUAAAACAAGUUGCAAUUACUACUAAUGGAUUAACAUUAACACGUCAGUUACCAUUUCUUCAAAAAGCUGGAUUAGAUGCAAUAAAUAUUUCUUUAGAUACUUUACAAGAAAAUCGUUUUGAACAAUUUACCCGUAGAAAGGGAUGGUCUAGAGUUAUGGCUGCAAUUGAUUUAGCUAUUCAAUUAGGUUAUAAUCCAGUAAAGGUGAACUGUGUUAUAAUGAAAGAUUUCAAUGAUGAUGAGAUAAUUGAUUUUGUUAAUUUAACAAAAAAUCGUCCAAUUGAUAUACGUUUUAUUGAAUAUAUGCCUUUUCAAGGAAAUGAGUGGAAUCAAAAGAAAAUGGUUUCCUUCGAGACUAUGAAAAAAUUUAUUAGAGAUAUAUAUCCUAAUCUUCAACGUCUUCCAAAUAAGUACAAUGAUACAUCUAAAGCGUACCAUAUACCUGGAUUUACAGGACAAAUUGGAUUUAUUACAUCAAUGAGUGAUCAUUUUUGUAAUUCGUGUAAUAGAUUAAGAAUAACAGCAGAUGGAAAUUUAAAAGUUUGUUUGUUUGAAGGAAAGGGAGAAAUAUCUCUUCGAGAUGCGUUACGUAGUGGAGUAUCUAAUGAUAUUUUGAAAGAAAUGAUCGGACAAGCGGUGCAACGUAAAAAAAAGCAGCAUGCGGUUAAAAAGAAACGUAUUCAUCUUAAAAGUUAUAAAGAUAUAACGAGACAAUAUAUAAUGGAUUACAUGGGACUUCGAUUUAAAAAUGAUAUGAGUAUAAGAGUAUUUUCCUCAUUGUCACAUGUAGAUCAAAGUGGCAAAGCAAGCAUGGUAGAUGUAGAUUCGAAAAAUGAAACUAAACGCAUCGCAAUAGCAAAGGGAAUUGUACAAGUUAAUUCAAAUAUAAGCAAAUUGAUAGUUGAGAAUAAUAUAAAAAAAGGCGAUGUAUUAUCUGUGGCACAAUUGGCAGGUAUCAUAGCAGCGAAACGUACUUCUGAUUUGAUACCUUUAUGUCAUCCACUUCCAUUAUCUUAUGCAAAUGUAUCCUUACAUUUAAACGAAAAAUUACAUCGCAUAGAAAUCACGGCAGAAGUUAGAUGCACUGGAAAAACUGGUGUAGAAAUGGAAGCUUUAACAGCCGUAAGUAUUGCGGCUCUAACAAUUUAUGAUAUGUGUAAAUAUGCAACUUCCCCAAAAUAUAUAAAAAUAACCGAUAUCGAAUUAAUUUCAAAAACUGGUGGUACAAAAGGUGAUUUUUUUAGAAAAUAAAUAUUUUAUUUUAAUAGUGUAUUAUUAUACACACAUAACAUAUGCAUAAU